AUGAAUAAUGCAUUUGAUCCAGAAAUAUUUAAGAAUAAAGCUAUCUUGGCCCCCACCAAUGAGAUGGUUGAUACAAUCAAUGAUUACGUCAUGUCUAGCAAGGAAAGGGUUUACCUAAGUUCAGACAGUAUUUGCAAAGAAGAUGGACAAGUGGACCUUGAUAAACAGAAAUUCUCGGUUGAAUAUCUCAACACAAUCAAGUGUUCAGGAUUACUGAGUCAUGAAAUUAAAUUGAAAGAAGGAUGCAUAAUAAUGCUUCUCAGAAAUAUUGAUCCAUCUAAUGAGCUUUGCAAUGGCACUAGGCUGAUAGUAACUCAACUUGGGGAACGCGUAAUUGAAGGCAAACUCAUUUCAGGAAAAAAUGCUGGCAAGAAGUUUCCCAUAGCUAGAAUGAUUAUGAGUCCAUCAGAUUUCGCUAAAUUUCCAAUUCGGUUUCAGAGAAGGCAAUUUCCUGUCCCUUAUUCGAUGCGCGAGCAAAUCAAUCGUGUGGCAGUUGAGAUCAGUACGUACAACAAUAUUAGUUACCUAUCGACAGUAGUCUCGAGACUAAACGAAAUUGGCGGUUUUGCACUGGAGAAUACGUUCAGGCAUGGGUGCUUUGGGAUGAUGUUGGAUUGGCAGCCGGGCCAGAAGUGCAAUGCUGCAUUGCACCAUAUUGUCUCUCGUCAUCUUAAGAUCACGAGAGACGAUGAGGAUGAUGAGAUCUGCUUCUACAUCAACGGGAGGAACGUUGAGUUUACUCCGAGAGAUUUCGCUCUCGUGACAGGAUUGUCCUUUGGGGAUGAUCCUUUUGACCCCGAGGCUGAGCACGAUCUGAGUCGGGCUCAUACAUUUAGACAAUUUUGCCGCUCUCAACCGGUGUCAGUGCGGGAGCUGGCGGAUAUAUAUUUCGACACCGUCAAUCCAGUGGUUGACACCGACGGCGGGUUGUACCUCCGUGUGGCCCACUUGUUGGUGCUACACGCAUUUGUAUUAGGAGUGGACGUGCGCCGACCCGUGCAGUCCUGGACUUGGAAGCUGGUGGAUGAUUUGCCGACCUUUUCCAGAUUUCCUUGGGGAUCGUGCGCGUAUAGAAGCUUGAACUACAGGUUGAAGCACAGCACAAUCAAAAAGGAUUGUAAAAAGUAUCACUUCUACGGUCCUUCUUGGGCCCUAUUCAUUUGGGGUCUUGAGAAAAUUCCCUAUUUGGGCCCAGCCAUAGCCAUAUGCAAUGCGGGGGUUUACCCUAGAUUUCGGAGGUGGACGUUCGUGAAGACCAAGUUGGAUGGGUUACAGAGUUAUUUUGAGUCUCCGGAGAACGGGAUAUGGGAGAUGGUCCCCGAUGAGUACGAGGCCAAGACAUCUUACUAG